AUUUGAUUGGCAUUUUUAUCUCUUUUUUCUUGGCCUUUGGAUAUGGUCAAAGCAGUGACGGGCGUUUUACUGGAGUGUGAUAGUACAGUAAAGCAAAUCAUACUGAAUCUCAAUAAGCGCGGAAACUUUGUUAUCGAAGAUCUUGACGACACUCAUUUGUUCAUUGAAGCUUCGUGGGUUAAACAACUUCAGUACGAACUGGAUCGCAUCUUGGACGAAAACUCGUAUACCAUUUCCGGUGAAGAUAAAGAAAGUCGCAACAAAAACUAGUCAGCACUUGUCCAUCUCUUUUUUACUUUCCUAUCUCUCGAAACUAUUCCUGUUCCUGUAUACCAAAAUGAGUUCCCAAAAACGAAAUAUGCGAUGUCCUCAAUGUGGCACCAAACGAUUCAGAAAGUCGGCGGAAGGUCAUUACAUCUGUAAAUAUGGACAUCAGUUGCUGGGUUGGCAAGAAGAAACCGCAGAUGAGACCGUACCUCCUACAAGUCGUUUGAAACGCAAGAAACACAAAAAAGUGAUUGAAAAAAAUAACCGCAAAUUGUAUGGCGCAGAGUUACGCACGCUGACGUAUCGUAUUUUCCAGUAUGGUUUGCGAAUGAUGGCACGAACGUUUGUACGCGAUAUCGGAUUACCGGCUGAAUUCGAAUAUGUGACACGUGAACUGUGGAUUCUCUAUGUUCAGGACGCCAACAUCGUUUUAGCGGAUCAGCAUUUGUUUGAAGAUGAGAUCAAACCGCGACGCCGAAAACAUUCCAUAGACGAUGAUCUCGAUCUCGAUUUACAGUUGGCAUCCGAUGACGAACCUUCAAGCAGUGCACCCAUGGUGAUGACGAGCGCCACCUCUACGGAUACAAAAAGCACCAAGUCCCAUUCAUUGAGCUUUCAGAAUAUCAUUACUCUGUGUUACCUGGCGUGUCGUUGGUUACGCUGUCCGGUGCUGGUCAGUGAUAUCCGCCGUUGGUGUAUCACGGGUAAACUUCCUUACCUAAGACUCAACAACUCGAUACCUGAAUCGAUCCGACUUCAGUUGGAUAAUCGGGACCUGCAAAAUUUGCGAGUCGUCCCAAACGUCAGUGGAUUACAUCGACAAGCAUUGCAGUUUAUGCAACGAUAUGAAAAAAAUUGCCAACUUGUCUUUCCAGAGAUCAACCACCCACUGAUUCUUGCUCGAUUCUGGCAUCAUUUUGUUUUACCUCCGGAUAUGUAUUUCUGCGCGAUGGGAUUGUAUGAAAUGCUCAAAGAAAAGGGAUACCAUAAACGGUACCGCUGGGAAGGAGAAUCGCCUGACGUGCAGUGUAUGAUAUGCAUUCUCAUUGCGGUCAAGUUCAUUUACGUCUUGAAUGAUAUUGAUGAGGGAGAUCCCUAUUACGAUGACAAUGCGCUGAAUCCGCCCUUACCAAAAUCGACUUGGUUAAAACUUGUAACAACCAAUGCGGAGCGAUGGCAUCGUACUAUAGAUACAAGUGCAAUCAAUUCGCCCGAUAUUGAUUUUGGCCCGCUUAUCAAAUACAUUGACGAGUUCGCGAGCCGACAAAUUCAUUACCGUGGUCGAGCAAAUAAAAAAAACAUGUUGCAAGAUUAUAUGCAGCGUCUAAGCCGUGACUUGGGAGCAAGCUUUAGUGAGCCAAGUCUGUCGUCUGACCAUGAUGUCUUCCUUAAUUCGUAUCAAGAUCUUUUGGAAACCGUGGCGAAGCCUCGCGCAUCAACGUACCUUGCCGGUAGUAAAUAUCUGUGGUACGGUGUCGAUCGGAAGGACGUUUUCCCCAAAGAGUAUGAAUCCGUGGUUGGUUUCGGAGCAAGCAUCCUGGAGAUUGAAGUUAUUGAACUUCAAGCACACUUGCGAAACGCCGAGAAAAAGCUGUACUUACACGCUAGACACAAAGGAAUUGUCCAGGAUCCGUAAUUUCCCAAAAUUUUAUCACCGUUUCUUUUUCUUCUUCUCCUUCCAUGUUUCAUAUUUCAUCUUUAUACUUUACUUUUACAUCCAAAACCUUUCUUGAAAAUUGUUUUUAUCGUUCCUUUUAUUGCAAAACUUGUCAACAUUCAGUUAGCAUCAUUAUCAAGAAGCCAUGACAUACGGCGCAUCUGUCGAUUUUGAAUCCUGCAAAUAUAAAAGAAGGCGCAGGAUAUCCUUGAUAUCUCUUCUACUUACAAAGUCCUCCAAUAAUGGAAACAUGUUUCUGAUUGCCUUUCAUAAGCACAGGCGAGCGAUUGACGAUCAAAUAGGUCUUUUUCUUUCGAUUUCAGACGGAGACAGUUUCGAAGGGUUGUGUUCAAGCAUAAAAUCAAGACAAUAAGGAGCAGAUCCACACAUAACUAG